AUGUCUGAUGAUAGUUUAUCACCAGAACCCUCACAUCCUGACCCUCCCAAGGCUUCCAAGGACACCAUAGUGACCCCUUCUUCCGUGGGUGACAAACCACAGGAAGGUGAGCGUUCACAGAAAGAAUCUCUGUCUAAUGUCGAGGAUGAGUCUUCAGAGUCUAUGGAUGACUUAGAGUUUCUAGACUUUGAGGAUGAGGAAUCUGAUGAAGAAGAAUACCUGGAAGAGGAUGAGUUUUUGGAUGAGGAAGAAUUAUUACAAAGGGAAACAUAUCUGUUUCAAGCAACAUGUAUGGAAGAGAAGAAGUCUCAGAAGCAUCUGGAAGAUGGGAUCAAUAAUGCCUUUCUGUUCUCCACCCCUCCCCCAAUAGAACUGAAGACAGAUGUCACACCAAGCCUGCUCGAUGCUAAAAUAAGGAGCCCAGUUCUAAGUGCCUCUCAAGGGACCCGUCUGUCUGUCUCUUCUCCUGGCUCUACACAUGACCUGAAGUUUACCACAUCUUCUUACUACAGUUUGCCAGGACUCUCUGUCUCCCUAAGAGAUCAGAGCAGUCAGACAGAAUGGGCCUACAAGAGCAAGUCAGGACUAUCCUUAAAAUCCAAAACAAGACUGGAUCACAAAUCCUCCAUGUUACUCUAUUCGAAAUCUGACUUGGAAGACAGCUUCCAUCAAGGGGCCUUUUGGGACACACUCAUGAAUGAACCUUUCGACAAGCGCGAAGAGGAAUCCUUUGAAUCUCUUCCCAGCACCUAUCAGUCUGUGUUUAGGGAGAUACUCCAUGAGUUGGCAAUCGAGGGUGAACUGGAAGAUGACCUGGACAUAUCCCUGAAUAAGCUGAUGGAAGGUGAAAACAGGAAGAAGCUGGGAGCCUUGUUGAAGAAAAAUUUUGAAAAGUACAGAGAAACAAUUAUGUGGAUUAUGAAGCAACGUGAAGCUAGCCAGAAAAUUCCAGAGAAGGCCAUCACCAUUACAUACCUAAUAUCAACUCUGCAACAGCCCGAGAAACCUGAGGAAAAGAUAUUAGUAAGACGUCAUUCUCUCACGAGGAGAUUACAUCUAGACCACAAAUGGGCACAGACAAGGAUGAAGGUGCAUCAAAGUGAUGGAAAAAUAGCUGCCUAUCACAGUGGGAAGAGCUUCCAUAUUUUCUUUCCUAAUGGCACAGGCCAGAUAUACUAUCCAUCAGGGAACCUGGCUCUGCUCAUCUCCUGCAAAGGAGUUGAAAAAUUUACGUAUAUUGUUCUGGAAGACUCUGUACGUAAAAAGAUCCGAGGCCUUGUUACCAACUCUGGCCAUGCCACCUUCUACAAUGAGGAUGGAGGGAUCUGGUUGAGCCUGAGCAAACUUCUGGGCUAUUACUUCCCCAAAGGCAAGCGGCAGAAGGCCUGGAACUGGUGGGACGUGGACUUGCACGUGCACGCGCCCCCUUUCAUGUGCAUCACUUUGAAACUCAACAAGUACAUCCAUGUACAGAUACGAAGCCAGGACAAGGUCAUCUUCUGCUUCAUCCCCCCCAGACAGAGACGGAUCUGUUUCAACAUGGGCACCAAGUUCAAGCUUAUUAACUCAAAAGUGCACCAAGCCUUGAUGGAGACGGUGAUCCUGGAGACAGACCCCCGCCCAACGUCAUGGAAGAUCCAAGUCCUUCUGGAGAAAAUAACUAGGAGUCUGAGUGUCCUGACACUAUCUGAUUUGGAAGACUUCAUAGCAGCCGUCCAGGUGGUGCUCAGGGACCUCUGUGCAAAGAAUCUGGUCUUAAGGCAGCCACCAAAUUGUCUCAGGCCUCCACGGCAUGUCUUGGGAAAGGAGAUACUGCAGGGCAACGCACAUACAAAGACUUUGAGAGUCAGCUUGUAG